UCUUUCACUUCACCCAGGGACAGAGUUUGUUACAAACCAUUCCGACCCACAGUGAUGAGACACUGCGUGACAAUUACAUAGGGUUUGACUCAGUCCCUGACAAAGUGGUAGAUGGCUCAGUGGUCCGUGUGCGGUAUCGAUGCUCCAGGCCAUGUCGGCUCGCAGUGGAAAUGGUGGUGUCCACAUUAAAGAAGACAGAUUUAGUGGUCUUCAGGAGGGAGUGGAUCAGCAGCACGCCCCGGGUCUACAGGAUCCACCAGGUGCUGCUCAGAUUGCCUCCGUCCAUUUUAUAUCAACGCGACUUUUUCAACAGGAACAUUUUGGACACCCGGGAUGUAACAGUUCGCGCUUGGCUGGACUGUUUUAAAAAUGGCAGUUUAGUCAGCACAUACCACAGCUCCAUGUGGAGGAUUUACAAAGUGCUAAAGAUAAUGCCACUCUCUGAGCGGCCAAGUAAACCUCCCGCUGGGUGCCCGUCAUGGUCUGCUCCACUGAUGUGGCAAAUGACCAGCAACACAAUCCAUCAGUGUCCACAUGAGUCAGAUGUAAUCGAUAUGUUGAAGUUCCCUCUGGCAAGCACUGGUGAGAACUUUGGAGUGGUCCGCAGAUUUCAGCCUUUCAUCAAUGGAGACCUAGAAAGAGCUCGUCUUCAAGCUGUGACAAAGCCAAGCGUCACCUUAUCUGUGUGGAUCUACCUACUGAAAUGGUGUCACCAGACGCUCUGCGGGAUCAUCCAUCACAUUGAUAGGAAAAUUUUAUACAGCUCCGUUCUGAUGCAGCUUACAGACACAGGGGACGUCGUAAUUCAGGCACAAGUGACAGGAGGAGAAGAUGAAGCUUUCCGAGCUGGUCUAGUGUUGCCCCUGUGGAAAUGGAUCAGAUUAGACUGCUACAUACAGGACUCGAAGGUGCUGCUGGAUACAACAUGGGAUGAUGACACCCACAGAUCUGCCUUUGAGUUUCAGGGAAGUAUCCACUAUGAUGACACAGAUGGAUACUUUGGUAUUGGAGGAGGCAAAUUCAUAUCUGGCAUACAUGGGUAUUUUGGGCCCAUAAAAUACUACCGCUUUGGAAACAAAAAGAUUGAAAAUGCUCUUCAACCCCAGUCAAUAUUACUUGAACUGGAGAGGACUCAUCAGGAGUGCCGUGAAAUAAGAGCAUUUACAAAAGCUUUUCUGCAAGAAGUAACCAAGAGUCAUCUUCUGUCACCAGCCAACAAAGGUAUCUGUACUUUUGACUUCUUACGACUGCGGGGUCAGUUUGAAGAGAAAGAGAAAACUUGCACACAAGCAUGGACACUGGGAAGACAACUAAAAUACAACACACUCUUUCAUUUCCUGCAAGCAAAAGAGGAAGAGAUCAGGACAGGAACUUUGGAUAUGAAACACCUCAGAAGUAUUUUGUUUGAGGAGGUCAUUGGCACAGUGUUCCCUGUGGAUAAGUCUCAAAUGAAAAUCACAUCCAAAUCAGUUUCUUUAUUAAAAGUAUCCUCCUGCUUUGGGAAUCACAAAGCGUCUCUUUUGUUGGCUACCAUCCACCUUUCUUUCCUGGGACAACCAGCCAAUCAACAGCAGGGUCAUGUCUUUAGUUUGAUUGGCGCCUCUGGUGAUGACCGCUUUGCCCUGAUGCAUGCAGGGUACAAACACAUGCAAGGAAUUGAUGGGUUUCCUAAAGACAUGGACAUGGCCUAUAGCUACUAUUCCAAUGUUGGAGCACAAAGCAGCACUGACCUUUUCAACGUACAUGAAACUAAGCAAAGCACACUUGAAUCUAUCUAUUUAAGCAGUGAAGAGGAUUUAAACAGUGUGAUAGAUGAGACUAAUGAUGUCUUCCAGUAUGUGAAAUAUCAAGCAGAAAGAGGAGACAUAGAAGCUCAGAAACGCAUGGGAACAAUGCUUUACUGGGGACAAAAUGGACUCUCAAAAGACAUAGCAGCCGCAGUGAAGUGGUUUGAACGAAGUGCCAUGCAAAUGAAGGAUCCCUCUGCGAUGUACGACUACUCCAUCCUCCUGAUGAAGGGCCAUGGAGUGAAAAGAAACUACACCAGAGGUUUUCAGCUGCUGAAAAAAGCAGCGGCAAUGGGCUCAAUUAAUGCCUUGAAUGGUUUAGGCUGGUACCAUGGGCUUGUUUUGAACGACCACAGAAAUGCAGUGAAAUACUUUGAACAAGCUGCUUUAAAUGGCAGUGAGGACGGGAUGUUCAACCUGGGAAUUUAUUAUCUCAGUGGGAAAAAUCCAGACAGACCCUGGAAGGAUGAGAGAGCUGCAUUCCGGCAGUUUCUGAAUGCGUCUCAGCUUGGCCAUGUAGCUGCAACAGUGGAGGCUGCGUGGUACCUUUCGACAGGAAGCCUGGAAGGGGUGUCUCAGGAUGUGGAGAGGGCUGUGAUAAUGCUGAAAAAGGUUUGUGAGCAGAAUGGAUACCUUGGAUUUAUGGUCAGAGAGGCUCUUCAGGCCUACCUCCAGGGCACUCAGCAGGAAGCAUUUGUGAAGUAUGUCCUGGCAGCUGAAACUGGUCUGGGUUUGGCCCAGAGCAACACUGCACACCUGUGUGAGGAACUGAACCUCAGAUAUGAUUGUCAGUGGAGAUAUCAUAACUACUCUAUAUUAAACCAUGAUCCCCAUCCAUCUGCUCUGCUGAAAAUGGGAGACUACUACUACUACUACUCUUCCUCCAGCACACGAGAGGAGUCAUUAUCCUUGGCUGAGCAGGCCAUAUCAAUGUAUGGCAGAGCGGCUCUAGCAGGCAGCCCUCAGGGAAUGUACAACUUGGUUGUUUUGGCACAACAAGGACACAGUCUUCCUCAGAGCAUCCACGGACUGUUUAACAUGUCACAUCUUGAUGAGCUGGAUACUGUGAUGGAAAAGAUCUUGAAAAGGUGCUUUUUAAAAUAAUCCAUUCACACUACAAUGAAUGAAGACAAUCGGUGUUUUAGAGUGGCCAGUGUUAGCACGUAUUCAACAACCCAGGGCACUUUCUAGUAUGUUGUAGAAGGAGACUAACUCUGACAUGUUUCUACUGUUCUUUAACGAAAAUAUGAAGGCUUGGCUCUGUGCUACGUUUUGAUAGUUAUUUAUUUCCCAUACAGACAUGGGUCAUAUCAAUUUUCUUCUGUAACUCAUGGCAAGCAAAUAUAUGGCCAAGAGUCACAUUUUAAAGUCAUUCUGCUAAUGGUAGCAGCUGCUAAACACAUUCACUAUCACUUGGACUCCUAUGUUGGUUCACCGAAAACAAAACAUACCAAAAAUUCCAACAACCUCUUCUAUGAUUAUUUUCCAAGAAUAUAAAUGUUUGAUAUUUGAUGUUGCCAGUAGAUCUCCACAGAAAGCUUUGUCGUUGUAAAUGAGUCCAGUAUACAAAUUUAAGGUUUCUACCAGACAUCUUUGGUGAGCCUUUGACCAUGUUGCUGAAAGUUUGCCUGAAGGUCUUAUUUGCAAAUGCAAAGUAGAUUUGGAGAGAACUUGAGAUGGAGGUUUGGCUAACUUUGUGGACAGUCACAGGGCCAGCACAAACAGAAAACCAUUCAUUCUCAUAAUCACACCAUAGAGGUACCAAGAAAAUCACUCCUGAACUACAGUGCUGAAACUACAUAAAUAAAAUAUGAGAUUGCUGAAAACCUGCCAUAAGUUUUUUGGCAAAGUUUGGCAACACUCCACUGUACGUUUGCCACAAAUCUAAGUUUACAUAUAAAAAAAUAUGACCGUGCUUCAAAUGUGUAGCCAAAUUGCUGAAGAUGAACGACAACUGUCUGCCAGUAACCUGAAAAACUAAGAAUAUUGCCAUCUAACUUUCUGGCAAACAUAAGCUGCUGAAUUUUGUAAGGGCUUUUUUUUUUUUUUUUAACUAGAAUGCCAUGAGAAGUUUAGCACUACUGGCAAAUUAUGGUAGCAAACAAUGUACAUGUGAAUAUAUUUUCCAGUACUUGUCAUUACUGUCAAAAACAUUUGCCAGAAAUUUGCCCCUAGUGGACAACACUGGCAAAUGUAACAACAUUUUUUGGUAAACGGAUGACUUCGCUACAAGUCACCCACAAAAUUUGCCACAAAAUGUUGCUUGUUUUGUGCGAUUGUAUAAAAUUUGGAGAAAUACCUUUUAUCCUUCCUGUUGUCAGUCAAUGUCAAGCAGUCGUAUUUCCACUCUUCUUGAUGCCUUCAUUGAGUGUCUUUUCUCUAGCAUUGCAAUUAAAUAACAUAGAAUGUACCCUAUAUAACAAACCCUCCCUUGCUGUAUUUCCAUGCUGAUGUUUUCUACAGUAUCUACUGUUUGUUAUUUUUUUGGUAUCCUGAGAGUUAAUGUUGUAGUCAAGUUUUUUGAAUCUUACACCACAGUGGAAACAGAGAGGCUAAAAGGGCCGGUAAGCAGAAUGUUCCUGUAAACGUUUGUGCCAUCAUACACCUGUCCCGCGUUUAUGCUUUGGAAAACAGCCUUACGUCUGUUGGGUAAACUAUGUGGAUAUCUGCAGCGACCUGCUAACUUAGCUUAGCACAAAGACUAGACACAAAUCAACUCAGUAGCUAGAUAAACAAUUUGUUCUUUGUACUGAUUUAAAAAUUAAGGUAUAAUUAAAAACUGUUUGGCAGAUUUCGACAGCUGUACUAGCUGUUUCCGUCUGUUUCCAUUUUUUUGUGUUGAGCUAAGUUUACUGGAUGUUUGCUGAUAGCUUAUAUAUUUUACUUAAGAGUGGUGCUGCUGUUCUCUUCUCAUUUUUAGUAAGAAUGGAAAUAUGCAAACUCGGUUGGCAGAUGUUAAUGCUUAAUACGUUUAUGUUGGACCCCCGCGUCUGCUCAUUGACAGCAUUCAUCAUUUUAAUGUCAUGCAUUUACUGUUGUUUGAACAAAGUGUGUAGGCUGAUGAUACUAUCAUCUGUAACACAGUUUCCAUUUUUUGUCUUUAAGAUGUGUGGAUACGGAGGCUGAAGAGGCAGUAACGCCCUGUUCUUUAACUCUGCUCAGACUCCAGAUGGGAAAAGCCUUGAGGAGAAUGACUCAG